ACUAUACCACCAUUGCCAUAAGGGUGCAGACAUAGUACAAUUACAUAAAGAUAAACUGUUUACCCAAGAUCAGGGGUCUUUUGUCACAUAACAUCAUUUAUAUAAUUUCGUCACUAUGCUACAACUCUCUUCAAUCUGAAUAAGCUCUAUAGAAUGAGAUAAUAGAUGGUGCCAUAUUGAACUCGGGGAAACCAAUAGGACUAUCUGAAACUAUCCUAUCUCUCUGUGAGUAACUGAUUAUAUGUUACCAGCAAAAAAAUAUUGUAAUUAGAUUACAUAUACUUUUUAAAUUCAGGAAGUACUUUUAAAUUCAGAAAGGAUGUUUGUGGGGGGGGGGCACUAACACCCUUGUUGUCUCAAUGACAUUCAAGGCAGUACUGGAAAACGUUUUUAAGCUUGUUCCACCUGAGCAAGUCUGACCACAAGUCAGCGACCACUAUGAUGACAUACCAAAUGAGUUUGAUGGAUCCUUUUUGUCUUCUUCUAAAACUUUUUUGGUAUUUGUUUCAUUAGUACAUUGCUCAUAUAGUCCCAAAAUUGUUUGCAUAUCAGCAAUCAAGUUUUCAAGAUCUAUAACUUUCAAAAUACAGAAAUACAGCUGGUAUGAUGCAAAACAUUUUGGGCCUAUAUCAACAAUGGACUAAUAAAACAAAUACCAAGAGUUUUUGGGUGGAGUGUUCAUUUAGAGGGAAAGUAAUCCAAGAGUAACUGAAAAUAAUCAGAUUAGUUACUGAGUUUGGUGUAAUCCAAAAGUUGUCACUGAUUGAUAUUCUGGACAGGUAACUAGUAACUAAUACAUUAAAUUUAGAAAGGAGCCUAACCUACCCAACCCUGUUCCCUCUGUCUCUGUGUGUGUGUUGUGUCCAAAUGUGUGGCGUCCUUGGGAUGCCAGUCCUUGCACUUCUGAAUACGGGCUACCUCCUCGAAUUCCCCACAGUGGCCUAUACACCCAUGUUCAUGCAUCAAAAAAAGGAGAGGAGGACGCACAACCAACCAGUGUGAAGUGCAAGCUAUAGCUGUGUUCUUUUCCACUGCGCAAAAAAAAAACGAAUUUCCAGUCCGUUUUCAAUUUUUGGGUUCCAGGUGAAGGCCUAACCUGUGCUUCAUAGCCUAAACGCAGGAUUGUGGGGUGAGGGUCUGUGGGGGUGAGGGUACCCAUGUGCAAAGAUGUCAGACGAGAGACAGGUGAUGCGCUCUCUGCAUACAUCCCGUCUUCAACAGAGGGAGCACAGCCACGGAACGUGCCGUCGAACAGCAUGAGGUGAGCGAUUCUUCCGCUCAUCAUAUCUAAGCAGAACAGGGACCAUGAAAGCAGCAGAGCGGAGAUUUGAGCAGCUGUAUCGUCCUACGGAUACUUCAGACAUCCUUUCACUCGAAAAGCGUUCUCUUCUUACCGACGUUGAAUGACAAGGCGGAAUGGCAGGUGGACGUCGAGGACUUGUGGCCCCACAAAACACUUUUCUCGAGAACAUCGUCCGACGAUCCAAUGAUACCAACUUUGUUCUGGGCAAUGCCCAGAUUGUGGACUGGCCCAUUGUGUACAGCAACGACGGCUUCUGCAAGCUCUCCGGUUACCACCGUGCUGAGGUCAUGCAGAAAAGUAGCACCUGCAGUUUCAUGUAUGGGGAGCUCACAGACAAGGAGACGGGUGAGAAAGUGCAACAGACCUUUGAGAAUUAUGAGAUGAAUUCGUUCGAAAUCCUCAUGUAUAAGAAGAAUCGGAUGCCGGUGUGGUUCUUUGUUAAGAUCGCUCCUAUCAGGAAUGAGCAGGACAAGGUGGUGUUGUUUCUGUGCACCUUCAGUGACAUCACUGCAUUCAAACAGCCCAUUGAGGAUGACUCUGUGAAAGGAUGGGGUAAAUUCGCUCGACUCACACGGGCUCUGACCAGCAGCCGGGGAGUGUUGCAGCAGCUGGCGCCCACCGUCCACAAGGGCGAGAACGUCCACAAGCACUCUCGUCUGGCUGAGGUCCUCCAGCUGGGCUCAGACAUCCUCCCGCAAUACAAGCAGGAGACGCCUAAAACUCCUCCCCACAUCAUCCUCCACUACUGCGCCUUCAAGACCACCUGGGACUGGGUCAUCCUCAUCCUGACCUUCUACACAGCCAUCAUGGUGCCCUACAACGUCUCAUUCAAGACCAAGCAGAACAACGUCACCUGGCUGGUGGUGGACAGCAUCGUGGAUGUCAUCUUUCUGGUGGACAUCGUGCUCAACUUCCAUACCACGUUUGUGGGGCCAGCCGGAGAGGUCAUCUCGGACCCCAAACUGAUCCGAAUGAACUACGUCAAAACGUGGUUCGUCAUCGACCUGCUCUCCUGCCUGCCGUACGAUGUCAUCAACGCCUUCGAGAACGUUGACGAGGGCAUCAGCAGUCUCUUCAGCUCCCUCAAAGUGGUCCGUCUGCUCCGCUUGGGCCGGGUGGCCCGUAAACUGGACCACUACAUUGAGUAUGGGGCCGCUGUUCUGGUCCUGCUGGUGUGCGUCUUUGGCCUGGCUGCCCACUGGUUGGCCUGCAUCUGGUACAGCAUCGGCGACUACGAGGUCAUCGACGAGAACACCAACAGUGUGAGGAUGGACAGUUGGCUCUACAUAUUGAGCGAAUCGGUGGGGACGCCGUACCGCUUCAACGCCAGUGGCUCUGGGAGGUGGGAGGGCGGGCCUAGCAAGGACUCAGUCUACAUCACUUCCCUCUACUUCACCAUGACCAGCCUGACCAGCAUCGGCUUCGGCAACAUCGCCCCCACCACCGACGGAGAAAAGCUCUUCGCUGUGGCAAUGAUGAUGAUCGGAUCACUCCUGUAUGCCACCAUCUUCGGUAACGUGACUACCAUCUUCCAGCAGAUGUACGCCAACACCAACCGCUACCACGAGAUGCUCAACAGCGUCCGCGACUUCCUCAAGCUCUACCAGGUGCCCAAGGGCCUCAGCGAACGCGUCAUGGACUACAUUGUCUCCACGUGGUCCAUGUCUAGAGGCAUCGAUACAGACAAGGUGUUGCAGAUCUGCCCCAAGGACAUGCGGGCAGACAUUUGCGUCCAUCUUAACAGAAAGGUGUUCAAGGAGCACCCAGCCUUCCGACUCGCGAGCGACGGGUGCCUACGGGCUCUGGCCAUGGAGUUCCAGACCAUCCACAGUGCCCCCGGAGACCUCAUCUACCACGCGGGCGAAAGCGUAGACAGCCUCUGCUUUGUGGUGUCCGGGUCCUUGGAGGUCAUCCAGGACGAUGAGGUUGUGGCCAUAUUAGGAAAGGGAGACGUGUUUGGGGACAUCUUCUGGAAGGAGGUGACCCUAGCCCAGGCUUGCGCCAACGUCCGGGCCUUGACUUACUGCGACCUCCACGUCAUCAAGCGUGAAGCUCUGCAGAAAGUUCUGGAGUUCUACACAGCCUUCUCUAACCACUUCUCCCGCAACCUGCUGCUCACCUAUAACCUCAGAAAGAGGAUAGUGUUCCGGAAGAUCAGUGAUGUGAAACGUGAGGAAGAGGAGAUGCUCAAGAGGAAUAAUGAGGCCCCUCUGAACCUUCCUCCGGACCACCCCGUCCGUCGCCUCUUUCAGCGCUUCCGGCAGCAGAGGGAGGCGCGACUGGCAGCAGAACGUGCUAGUCAGGGGGAGCCACCAGACGUGGAGAAGGGCACCAUCCACCUGGAGCAAACCAAGAUCCACGAGGUCCUCGCCUCCACCAGCAUCAUCAUGGUGACAGAGAGCCCUGCCACUCCCACAGCCUCGUCCACAUUGUCAUCUUUGUCCUCCAGGCCCUCUAGCCGAGUCAUGCUUCAUGCCCCUGCCAUCCAAAAUGGCAACCUCGUAGGCUGCAAGUCCGCAGAGCCUGCGCCAAAGACCAAAAAGGGCUGGGGUCGUUUCAAGGAAUCCGUUGUGAAAGCAGAGUCAUGGAGCAGCGUUUCUAAGGCCGAGUCCAUGGAGACCUUGCCGGACAGGACUAAGUCCCAUAACGAGAUGUCUCUCAAGAAGACGGACUCUUGUGACAGCGGUAUUACCAAGAGCGACCUGCGCUUAGAUAACGUGGGUGACGCCCGCACUCCGCAGGAUCGGUGCCCUGUGCAGUCAGAAGGGAAGCUGGUUGUCUGUCCUAUACCCGUACAGACCAUGCACGCCUCUUUCCUGGAGCUGAAGCAGGAACUUAGGGGAGACAUUGGGUCUCUUAAUGGCCGCAUGGCGGUGGUGGAGGCACAGCUGGCCGAGAUGCUUCAACUGCUAAAAUCGAAAAAGACCUCUAGUUCGAGAAAGGCCUCUCGCUCAUCCAGUUUCUUUGAGAUGUCACGACCGGUUUCCCCCGAUUCCGAUAAGGACAACAGCUUCUCACAAUCUUGACACUGCAUGUUUUAGCAGGCUAUGCAAUGUUUCCCAACUCUAGUCCCUGAUUACCCCCAACAGUACACAUUUGUUUUUGUAGCCCCGGACAAGCACACCUGAUUCAACUUGUUAAUUAUCAAGCCCUCAAUGAGUUGAAUCAGGUGAGUUUGUCUGGCGCUACACCAAAAAUGUGUGCUGUUGGCGGUACUCAAACUGGAGUUGUGAAACAUUGGUCUAUGGGACAUGAAGUGAAUACAUCCUAGAGUUCAUCCAGGAGCUGGCUGAGGUGUCGCAAAAAUCUGAGAGAGGUUUUGUGAAGACUUGGGCAAUAAGAUGUUCCCAAAUUAGUACAGAUGAGUAAUGAGGGAUUUUCUUACCCUUUUAUUAUUAUUAUUAUUAGAUAUAGGGGUAAUCUGGAUAAAAAGAUGCACAUCUGGAUUAUCUCUGCACCUUGAGGCACAUACUGUAUGAUAUUCCAUGGAUCUACUUUUGUAGGGGUUUAAACUGUAAACAGCAUAAAUAACGCAUUUGUUGUCGAAUUUCUUUUCAAUUGGACUCAUUUUAGUUUUAACUUGGUCACACAUUUCUCAUGGUAAAACUAAAACCUUAAGGAGGUUUUCAUAAAAUAUGUGCACUCAAUUGAAAUUAGCAAUAAUAUUUUAUUGCAUUUAUAUAGUUUUUCACCAGGUCUCAAAGCACUUCACUUUGCAGGGGGUGAUGUGGUCCUGAUAACAUGAACACUGUGGAGCAACAGCGAAGAUGCACAUAUCUAAAAUGGCAUUGUCCAUGAAUGGAUUUGCUUUCGUUAUAGUGUGUCAAAGAUUAAUGCAUUACUGGGAUAAAGUACAAUCUUGUAAAUAAUGAUAGAUUGUUAUGUUGGAUAUCCAUCACUUCCCAAUGGCAGCAGGUACAUGUACAGUACAUGAGCAUAGUUGCACAGUAUGAAAGUGUACUAUGUGUGGUAUAAUUUCAGUGGGAAAGCUGGAUAUUUAGAAUUUUUGUGUGUGUUAAAUGUCCUCGCACAAUAACAUGUUUGGUCAUUAUAAUACGAUAUGUUGCAAAAUUUAAGUUACACCAAAAAUACAUGUUUGAGCCAUUUCUAAAAUAGCCGUUUUCACCCCAUCCAAACGUUAUGUUAUUUGGUUUUGUCCAGUCAACAACCAAACAAAUGUUGCUAUGCUAGCUCAAAGCACGCAUUGGCACAACUGUAAACCUGUUUAGUAAUGCAAAUUUACAGAAAAAUACCUUGAAAGCAGCGUGGCUUGUUAUUUACGCCAUUGCUCUCUCUUUGUAUUAAAAUGAGGGGAAAAAUCAUGAUUGUGAACUUUCAAUGUAUGGUGGAAACCAUGGCACCUUUUCAACCAACGUCCAUCCUGAAUUGUCAUGGGAAGAAGUCAAUCUCGACUAUGAAACCUUUGUGCAUUUCUGGUCAUCACUGUUGAUAUAAUAUGCAAAGUGUUGCCAUGUAUAUUGUGUCUCCAGCAUUUGUGUUGCAAUGUUAAAGGAGUAAAAUGAGAUACUUGCACAGACAGGUCCAGAAUUAUUGGUACCCUUGAUAAAUAUGAGGAAAAAUAAAUAAUACAUACUGAGAUAUAUUGUAUGCCAAACAAAAUUUGGGGAAAUUAUAUAUGUUAUACUAAUACAAUUGCUCAGAGAAAGAGAUUUUGUUUGACAAGUAAUAAUUGUUUUCUCUAAAAAAAAGAUAGGGGUCAAAAUGAUUGGCACCCCUGUUUUUAAUACUCUGCCCCCCUUGCGAGGAUAAUGGCACGGAGCCUUUUGUGAAUUUUUUUAUGAGAUUGGAGAACAUAUUGGGAGGGAUCGUAGACCAUUCCUCCAUACGGAAUCUUUCCAGAUCCUUGAUAUCCUUUGUCUGCGCUUAUGGACUGCCGGCUUCAAUUCAAACUACAGGUUUUUAUUGGGGUUCAAGUCCAUAGUCAGAUGGCAAAAUAUUGAUUUUGUGGUCACUUAACCAUUUCCUUUGUGUAUUUUGAUAUGCGCUUGGGGUUGUUGUCUUGUUGGAAGAGCAACUUGCGGCCAAGUUUCAUCCUCUUGGCAACCUGGUUUUUGGGAUAAAAUACCCUAGUACUUGGUAAAGUUCAUGAUGCCGUUGACAUUAACAAGGGCCCCAGGACCAGUAGAAGCAAAAUAGCUCAUAAGAUCAAAAGAUCCACCACCAUAAAGUAGGUAUGAGGUUAUUUUCUGCAUAUGCUUUCUUCUUUUGAUGCCAAACCCACCACACUCAUGUGCAUGACCAAAGAGCUCUACUUAUGUCAUCUGACCAUGCUCAGGUUCCAAUCCAAGUGCCAAUGCAAACUCCCAAGCGGUUCCCUUCUGGGUUGCUCUCAAUUAUGUUUUUCUGGCAACCCUUCCAAAAAGCCUAUUGGCAUGGUGUCUAAUUAUACAUUUAAAGUCUUACUUGGUGACCCGAAGAUGUUCUGUAAUUCUCCAAAUUUGGCUCUUUAGAUGUUUCUUUACAUCCCAAACCAUCUUCCUUACUGUGUGUGGGGACAAGAUACACAUACGUCAAUAUCAGGCAGGUUUACCACUGUUCCAGAAGUUUUAAACCUCCUAAAUGUUGGCAUAAUAGUGGUAAAUGGUCAUUUUUAUGUACCCGUUGCCUGAUUUAUGAAGGUCAACAACCAUCUCUUUUCAUUGUGAGUUCUUCGCCUUUUCUCAUGGUGAUGGUAGAUAAAUUUACAUGUGUGUUACCGAAUUUCUUUACGGCAGUAAAACAGGGAGCCAUGGAAGACCACAAUACAGUUAUUUAAGGUGAGAUUCAUUUUAAAAAGUAGAAUGUUAAUGCAGAUUGUUUUCAUAAGAAUCUUUAGGGGUGCCAUUGAACAUUUUGAGAUAUAUUUUUUUCUCUGAGCAAUUGUAUUAGUAUAGAAUAAUGUAGACAUUUGAGCAUACAAUAUAGCUCAGGAUUUGUACAUACAGUGCGUUUGACGUUUUCCACAUUUCAUUACAUUAUUACAACCUUAUUUUAAAAUGGAUUAAAUUGUUUUUCCCCCUCAUCAAUCAACACACGAUACCCUAUAAUGACAAAGCAGAAACAGGUUUUUAGAAAUGUUUGGAAAUGUAUAAACAACAACGGAAAUUUCACAUUUACAUAAGUAUUCAGACCCUUUACGCAGUACUUUGUUGAAGCACCUUUUGCAGCAAUUACAGCCUUGAGUCUUCUUCGGUAUAAUGCUACAAGCUUGGCACACCUUUAUUUAGGGAGUUUCUCCCAUUUUUCUCUGCAGAUUCUCUCAAGCUCUGUCAGGUUGGAUGGGGAGCACCGCUGCACAGCUAUUUUCAGGUCUCUCCCGAGAUGUUAGAUUGGGUUUAAGUCUGGGCUCAGGCUGGGCAUUCAGAGACUUGUCACAAAGCCAUUCCUGCAUUGUCUUGGCUGUGUGCGUAAGGUUGUUGUCCUGUUGAAAGGUGAACCUUCGCCCCAGUCUGAGGUCCUGAGUGCUCUGGAGCAGGUUUUCAUUAAGGAUCUCUGUACUUUGCUCCGUCCAUCUUUGCCUCGAUCCUGACUAGACUCCCAGUCCCUGCCGCUGAAAAACAUCCCCACAACAUGAUGCCACCACCCUGCUUCACCAUAGGGAUGGUGCCAGAUUUCCUCCAGACGUGACACUUGGGCAUUCGGCCAAAGAGUUCAAGCUUGGUUUCAUCAGACCAGAGAAUCUUGUUUCUCAUGAUCUGAGAGUUUUACUUUUACUUUUAAAUUUCUCAUGGCUUGAUUUUUGCUCUGACAUGCACUGUCAACUGUGGGACCUUUAUAUAUAAACAGAAGUGUGCCUUUUCAAAUCAUGUCCAAUCAAGUUGUAGAAACAUCAAGGAUGAUCAACGGAAACAGGAUGCAACUGAGCUCAAUUGAGUCUAAUAGCAAAAGGUCUGAAUACUUAAAUAAAAUAAAAACAUACCUUAUUUACACAAGAUAUUUUCCAAGAUUUCAAAAAAGAACUUUUCGCUUUGUAAUUAUGGGGUAUUUAAUCCAUUGUAUAAUAAGGCUGUAACGUAACAACAUGUGGAAAAAGUCAAGGAGUCUGAAUCGUUUCCGAAUGCACUGUAUACAGUCUUUUUUGCUUAUCUUUAUCAAGGGUGCUAAUAAUUUUGCAUAUAAUGUAUAAGGAAUAUAAAUCAGGAAAUACUCAGUUGCACUUUUGCCAUUUAAAGAAACAUUGUAGUCAAUGCACGAGAACUGCACCUGAAUUUGUAUUUUCCUUGAGCAAAUAUAAAAAGACAUUGAAAAUGAAUCAGUAUCUCCCAGUGCUGGCCCUUGACACUCCCUUUCUACACAUUUGAUAUUCAUGGAAUAACACCAAUAAUUAAAAUUAGAAAACAAAUUGGAUUCAACUCAUUUAACCCUGGUUUUGAAUCUUCGGUGUCUUUCCUGCAGCCUUGUUCGUUGUGCACAUGAUUGCAACACAAUGUUUGUACUUGACCUUAAAACUGUAAUAACAAUGUAUGCACUGUUCUAAAAUGUCAGAUUUGGAGGAAUACUAAUAAUGAAUAGUAAGGAAAGUUCACACCCCUUGCCUUUUUACAUAUGUUGUUGUGUUACAGCAUGAAUUUAAAAUGUAUUAUAUUUAGAUUUUUUUUGUCACAAAAAUUAUGGAAUUAUGUUUUUAGACAUGUUUACAAAAAUGAAAAGCUUAAAUGUCUUGAGUCAAUAAGUAUUCAACCCCUUUGUUAUGGCAAGCUUUAAAAAGUUCAGGAGUAAAAAUGUGCUUAAGUCACUGUGUUCAAUAAUAGUUUUUAAACAUUAUUUUAGAAGGACUACCUCUGUACCCCACACAUACAAUUAUCUGUAAGAUCCCUCAGUUGAAGCUGUGAAUUUCAACCACAAAGAAGAGGGAGGUUUUGCAAUGCCUCGCAAAGGGGACCUAUUGGUAGAUGGGUAAAAAAAAAACACACACACAAAACAGACAAUGAAUAUCCCUUUGAGCAUGGUCAAGUUAUUAAUUACAUUUUGUAUGUUGUAUCAAUACACCCAGUCGCUACAAAGAUACAGGCGUCCUUCCUAACUCAGUUGCCGGAGAGGAAGGAAACCACUCAGGGAUUUCACCAUGACGCCAAUGGUGACUUGAAAACAGUUAGAGUUUAAUGGCUGUGAUAGGAGAAAACAACGGAGGAUGGAUCAACAACAUUGUUAAUUAGGUUAUUACCGUGGAAUAAUUACAGAGUCAAGAGAAAAGCCUGCACAGAAGAAAAACAACAUUCCAAAACAUGCAGUUAAGUAAAUAUUGCAAAAGUAAUACUGCAAAAAAUGUGGCAAAUUUUGUCCUGAAUACAAAGUGUUACUGAGUAGCACAUAUUUUCAAACAUAGUGGUGGCUGCAUCGUGUUAUGGGUAUGCAUCUAAUCGUUAAGGACUGGGGAAUUUUUCAGAACAAGAAAUACAUGGAAGGAGCUAAGCACAGGCAGAAUCCUAGAGGAAAACCUGUUUCAGUCUGCUUUCCAGCAGACACGGGGAGAUGAAUUUACCUUUCAGCAGGACAAUAACCUAAUCCACAAGGCCAAAUCUACAGUGGAGUUGCUUACCAAGAAGACAGUGAAUGUUCCUGAGUGGCCAAUUUACAGUUUUGACUUAAAUCUGCUUUAAAAAUCUAUGGCAAGACCUGAACAUGGUUGUCUAGCAAUAAUCAACAACCAAUUUAACAGAACAUGAACAUUUUUGAAAAUAAUACAUGGGAAAUUGCACAAUCCAGGUGUGAACAGCACUGAGAGACAUAUAUACUCACUGCUGUAAUCGCUGCCAAAAUUGUGAUUCUAACAUCAAAUCAAAUUGUAUGUGUAAUACAACAGGUGUAGACCUUACAGUGAAAUGCUUAUUACAAGCCCUUAACCAACAAUGCAGUUAUGUAUAAAAUAAAUAAGUACAUUUUUAUAACAAAUAAUUAAAGAGCAGCAGUAAAAUAACAGUAGUGAAGCUAUAUUCAGGGUGUACCAGUACAGAGACAAUGUGCGGGGGCACAGGUUAGUCGAGGUAAUAUGUACAUGUAGGUAGAGUUAGUGACUAUGUAUAGAUUAUAAACAGAGUAGCAACAGCGUAACGGGGGGCAAUGCAAAUAGUCUGUUCAGGAGUCUUAUGGCUUGGGGGUAGAAGCCGUUAAGAAGCCAUUUGGACCUAGACUUGGCGCUCCGGAACCGCUUGCUGUGCGGUAGCAGAGAGAACAGUCUAUGACUAGGGUGGCUGGAGUCUGUAACAAUUUUUAGGGCCUUCCUCUGACACCGCCUGCUGUAGAGGUCCUGAAUAGUAGGAAGCUUGGCCCCAGUGAUGUACUGGGCCGUACGCACUACCCUCUGUAGUGCCUUGUGGUCGGAGGCCGAGCAGUUGCCAUACCAGACAGUGAUGCAACCAGUCAGUAUGCUCUCGAUGGUGCAGCUGUAGAACUUUUUGAGGAUCUGAGGACCCAUGCCAAAUCUUUUCAGUCUCCUGAGGGAGUAUAUGCCUUGUUGUGUCCUCUUCACGACUGUCUUGGUGUGUUUGAUAGUUGGUGAUGUGGACACCAAGGAACUUGAAGCUCUCAACAUGUAUUGACUCAAGUGGUUGAAUACUUAUCAAAUCAAGAUAUGGGUUUCAUCUUUAUUCACAAAUGUUAGAAUUUGUCUUAUACUUAAGAGCAUUUUGUGUAUAUUGUUGACAAAAAAUGACAAUGAAAUCCAUUUUAAUUCCACUUUAACAAAAUGUGGAAAAAGUAUAGGUGUAUGAAUACUUUCUAAAAGGCACUGUACAUGUUAUUCUAUUCACAUACUGUCACAAAGAUGAGUAUUUGUAAAAAAAAAAGUGUAUAAUGUUCAUAUUAAAUUAUUUUGUACUUUGGA